GUUUUUCUUGUUCUUCUUAUUCUUCAUCUUCUUCUUCUUCUUCUUCUUCUUUCUCUCUUCCUCUCUUCCUCUCUUCCUUCUUCUUCUUAUUCUACCGCUCCUUCCUACGUCGUGUGUCAUCAUCCUCGGCUUUUCCUCGUUCGGAGUGCAACGUGAUACGACGAGAGACCGGGCCACGACAUCGGGGGUGGCGCGAAAUUCUUUAUCGACUCUCGACGAUUUAUUUCGAGAUACGGAAACAGUGUCGCCGGCGGAGGAGUGGCGAGAAGAAGACUGCGAGCGAAGGAAUACGAACAGUGUCGCAGAUGAUUUCUAAUCCAUCGGUUCGAUGACGAAACGGUUAACGGGAACGAUCGAUCAUCCAUCGUCGAAAACGUUGGAAAACGGUUCGAAUUACGCAGAAACGUGAAUGCUUCUUUAUUCCAAAUAUCGGAGUAUCGCGUAGCGAUAUACAUGUAAGAAGGAAAAUAUUUACAACGGGACGGACAAGAAGGGAGCGAGAAGACGGCGAGAGGAUAAACAAUCGCGAAUCGACUGGCGUGCUUACGAAUAGAGUGGAAUCGCGGGCAGAAUGUUAUUCUCGAACGAUAGACAGGAUGAUCGCGAUUUUUGAACUGUACGUUUCGAUGCGGUUUAGAGGGAGCGGAAUCGGGGGACGUGAUCGUUUUCGAUAAUCGCGGAUAGAUCUCGCAGUACGAAAUUUCGGUGUUGGUGCCGCCAUCCAUCCAUCGAGAUCCAUCAUCAAGGAUGAAGAGGACGGUACUGCGUUGGUCGAAGAGCGGACAGCCGAGAAUCUGUCAGGUGGAAGUCCCGAUGUUGUGCUGCUAUCGGUGGUACAACACUUCGUGAACAGUGUUAUCGCAUUCUCCGACGACCGAAACCCGAAACCACGGGAGGGGAGCGAGCGAAAGGGGAGGUGUCGCGGGAAAAAAAAAAGACCAGUUUCGGAACGAAUGAAUCUUGGCUGAGGAAAAGAGGAGUGGAAGAGAGAGAGAGGAGGACGCGGCAUCGACAGAGAGACGGAUCCUCUCUCGCGUGGGAACUUUGGAGCCUCGAAUUCUCCAAGUCGAAGAACGAAAGAUAGGGGGUGGAAGGGAGGUGUGCCAGAGAACGGUGUGGUGCGUUCGGGGUGACCGAGGUGUCGACCUCACCCCCGAUCAAACCUGCAACCAGGUCGGAUGAUGUGGGCGUCUCUGUUUUUGGCCGGGAUCUUAAGCGGCUGGUGGGGCGCACUGGCGCUCGCUGCGGCACCCCCCGCCAAUCGGAACUCCCUCGAGGAGACGUCGACGAGGACCACCAGCGACCAUCUACCAUCGAUGAGCAUCGCCGCCGUUGAAAAGCCCCUCGAUUACCGUUCACCAACUUGGAACUUCGUUACGCGAACUAUCGAUAGACGCGAGCUACGAACAGCCGAGCAGACCCUCGCUCAACCUACCACAGAUUACAAAUUACCGGUUCACGACGUCCUCCCAACGUCCUCCCGGCCGACAACCGACCAACAACGAUCGAAACGACUCCACCAACACCACCACCACCACCAUUACCAACACCAGGGGAGAUCGGUGUCGGACGCGCAACUUGCCGAGAACGAUAAACGAUUCGUCGAGGAGGAGUCGAAUUCGGAGUGGGCAUCCCACCGAGAGUAUUCUUCCACGAGGAUCGUGGAAUCCUCGGCCGGAUAUCGAACAGUUUCCGCUGUUUCGGUCAACCUUCACCCCCAGCAUGGCUCGAAGGAAGAGUACAUGGCUUCGGGGGAAGAGUUGGACGACACGAUACGCGAGGUGUUCGUGUCCUCGUCGAAACGGGUCAACGAUCAUCGUCGUCUCGAGGACGAGGCGAACGUUCGUCCAGAGAUGGAGGAGUCUGGAUUGAGCCGGUUACCUCGUCACUCGUCGUCGACGCAAACGCCGAUUCUUUACUCGUCCGGGACCGAGUCGACGAUGGAGAGGCCGCGCGUGAUCAGAUCGACCAAGCAACGACCAAAGAAUCGUACGAAAGCGGAUUCUCCGCGGGAGCAACGGCGAAGAUGUCGAAACAAGGGUUGCCGGGGUCAGAAUUGGUGCCCCGACGUCGAUGUUGGGAACAGAGCUUACCUGGCGCCAACGGUGUUCGAGGGGAAGGCGAGGAGCAUGUCGUCGGUAAGGAAACCGGGCUCGAACUAUGCGGUAACGUUCGAGGUGAAGCAAGUAUACAAGAGCCAGCCCGGUUUCCAACCGCUUCAGAAGAACGACAGCGUGAGGUUACACUUUCGGGACAAAUCGGCGCCCGGGAAGUCGACCGUAUGCGGCUACGACACCGACGGGAAGCAGCAGCAGCAGCAGCAGCAGCAGCAGCAACAGCAACAGCAACGCGAUAAUCAGAGUGGUGUGGUGCGAGCCAAUAUUAAGAGGGGUAAAGUGUAUCUAGUGUUUGUGAACCGCGUGGGACCCAGAAACUUCACGAUCCUCGGUGAGCCCGUGAUACGAAGCAAGAAGAACGAACAGGCGGUGCAGGCUGUCAUUCGACCGGAUUACGUGAGGGAGGUUACGUUGUCCGAGCUCAGGGACUCGAUAGCGAGGUUACGGGAAAGAGUGAAGCUAGUAUGCCGAACGAGGGGCUCUCCGCCCCCCAGGGUGCACUGGCUCAAAGACGGUAUACCGCUGCACCCUCGCAGAGGCCUCAGGAUUCAACACAAACGGCGGAGAUCGAAAGUGGUGAUAUCCUCCGCGAAGCCUGAGGACAGCGGCAGAUACGAGUGCGUAGCUGAGAGUACUUCCGGUCAUCGGGCCUCACUCGCGGCCCAGCUUCUAGUCGCUCACGAUACGAGAAUUCCGGAAACCACGACGGCGGCCUGGCCGAGGCAGGAGCAGCCGUGCCCGAUAGCUGGAGACUUUUGCAUGAACGGUGGUACCUGCCUGUUUUUCGAGACCGUCGGUGAACCAGCAUGCAGAUGCGCGGAAGGCUUCACGGGUCUGCGGUGCGAGACGAAGGACGUCAUCAGCACCGGAAGUGUGUACAACCGGCGUAGGGCGCCGUUUUCCUGCAAGCUGGGACUAUCGACCUCGUACUACUGCUAGCGAUAAUCGCGCGGGGCCCUUCCAUUCUGAGUAGACCCUUUUCUAAAAAAACUCGAACUCGGUUCACUCGGGCUUAGAAUUAGAACCGGUCGAAAAGACGAGAGCCCACGAGAAGAAUGCCGUGAGAGGGCCAACGCGCGACCAAAUAACGAAACGAGGAGGCGAUUAUUAUUAUAUUAAUUAUAAACGCGAUCGAUCUCGGGAUACACGCACAUACACACACGCAUACGCACACAUACACACACACACGCACGCAACUGCGAGAUCCAACAACUGCGAAACGAAUUACGCAGCGAAAUUCACGACGAGAACAUUGAGCAGGGGAAAACGAGAAAGAAAAUGAGAAAAAAAA